AUGUCGUCGGGCUCGUUCAGAUUCGAUACGGCCAUGAACAGCGUCAGAGGCGCAAAGAAUCCUUACCCAGAGGUGGUAUGGCACCCCUCCGCGCAAGCCGGCGGCUACAGUGUCGACUUGAGACCUGAAGAUGCCAAUUGGUCACGUUGCUGCCCCAAGCCGCUCAGUAUCCAAUUCGAUGUGGCCAUCGCCAAAUACUCGGCUCAUGGCUGGCUCAUCGAUGGACCUUACUUCGGCAGGGAGUUCAACAUCGAAUGCGGCCCAUUUGCCGAAGGAUGUCCCAUUCAGCGUCACGCGUGGAAGAUACGCAUGCGUGUGCUCAACAGAGCGAUGAGAUUGUGA